AUGUAUAUAUAUAUAUAUAUAUAUAUAUAUAUAUAUUUAUAUACCCUUUUUUUGCAAAAAGCCGGCAAGGCCGCAACCUGCGCUUUAAAUGUAAUUGUAAUUAAAUUGGUUGGUUUCUUAACCUUUUGCAUUUUAAGCUUCGAAGUUUUUGGUUUUUUAGCGUGGGUGAAAAUUAACUCGGGCAAAGCCCUGUUACUACUAUGUAUUGCGUAA